GGCCACCGCCAAGCAUUUAUAUUGGCGCAAAGGACGCGAGGGCGCACAGUGAGGCACUCAGGCUCCGCGCUGCUCGAGGGGGAGGACGCACACACACUCACUCACACACACACUCACACACACUCACUCAAGCAACAGAAACCCACCGACCAUCUCGACAGCACCGACCGUGUCCCCCUUCUCGCUCCGGCCGCGGACUUUAACCGACGCACCAGCGAGAACUCCAGAGCGACUUUUUCAAAACUUCCUUUCGCCACAACCCAAAACCAGUCGUGGCACAAACUACCGCCCGUCGCAUUCAGGGAUCCCGGUCGGUCCUCCAUGAAAGAGGGAGUGCGACAGCCAACUUGGGGAAAAGAGAUGUCUGCGACCGUCCUGUCAGCCUUCUACGACAUCGACAUGCUUUAUAAGGACAAGAGCAUGAACAUGAACAUGAACGCCCUGCACAUCAACAGCCUGCUGGACAAGAAGGCGGUGGGCGCGCCGCUCUCCGCCGCGGGCUCCGGCGGCGCCUUCACGCCGGGAUUCUUCCGCCGGAACUCGACGAGCAACGCGGAGGCGCUGAACAACGGCAACAAGUACACGAUGGGCUCGUACGGCAGCCUGAAGGAGAGCGCGGCGGGCGGCGGCGGCGGCUGCAGCGCCACGGCCCUCAUGAACAAGGAGAACAAGUUCCGCGACCGCGCGUACAGCGAGAGCGGGGAGCGCGGCGUGCUGCAGCCGCAGCAGCAGCAGCAGCAGCAGCAGCAGCAGAAGCAGCCCGGCUCGCAGAUCAACUCCACCCGCUACAAGACCGAGCUGUGCCGGCCCUUCGAGGAGAACGGCUCGUGCAAGUACGGCGAGAAGUGUCAGUUCGCGCACGGCUACCACGAGCUGCGGAGCCUGUCCCGCCACCCCAAGUACAAGACGGAGCCGUGCCGCACCUUCCACACCAUCGGCUUCUGCCCGUACGGGCCCCGGUGCCACUUCAUCCACAACGCCGACGAGCGGCGGCCCGCUCCGGCGGCCAACGCCAACAUGCAGACGGGCGAGCCGCGCUCGGCCCGCGAGCUGUGCGGCUACGGCCCCCGGGACGCGCCGCCGCCGCCGCCGCAGCAGCAGCAGCAGCAGCUCGGCUACGGCCAGAGGGAGCGACCGAAGCUCCACCACAGCCUCAGCUUCUCCGGCUUCUCCACCCACCACGGGCUCGAGUCGCCGCUGCUCGACAGCCCCACGUCCCGCACCCCGCCGCCGCCCGCCACCGGCUCCUCCUGCACGUCCGCCUCCAGCUACUACGAGGACGUGCUGUCGCCCAACUCGCUGUCGUGCAUCAACAGCGCCUUCUCCUUCCCCGGGCAGGACUUAAAGGCCUUGCUGGCGCCGCUGGCCGUGCACACGCAGGCCUACGCCAACGGCCACUGCGGCGGCGCGUACUACGGGAACCUGCCGGGCGGCGUGUGCCCGCCCUCCCCGCCGGCCUACAACAUGAGCCACCUGCAGGCGCUGCGCCGCCUCAGCGAGUCGCCGGUGUUCGAGGCUCCGCCCAGCCCGCCCGACUCGCUCUCCGACCGGGACAGCUACGCGAGCGGGUCCCUCAGCUCCUCCGGGAGCCUCAGCGGCUCCGAGUCGCCGAGUCUGGACGCGGGCAGGCGCCUGCCAAUCUUCAGCAGGCUGUCGAUUUCCGAUGACUAAAUCAGCGCUUUGCUUUUCCAACGGAUUGUACGGACGGGUCCCGAGGGGCGAGAGUCCGAGCGAGGCCCGCGGUCCUUCGAGCGGGGGGGGGGGGGGGGGGGGGACCUUCGGCCCGGCCCCCCUCAGCCCCUCGCCUCUCCCACCAGCAUCCACCCUGCUGAGGUGCCUUCGAGUGAGUCGAGUCCCUACCAGCUCCAGGGGCGCUGACCCUGCCCUGACCUCCCUGGUGGGGGGCAGGGGAGGAGAAGUUCCCCCGCAGGGAUCAGUACAGCUCCAGACAGUCCAAGUGUCCUUGACCUGGCAUUAGUUCAGUUUUUGUUUUGGUUUUUUUCCUUCUUCUCUCCUGUAUUGUAAUAUAGCUGUAUUAAAACUUAGAUAGCAAACAGAAGGCAUUCCAUCAGUGCCUUGCCCGAGGGCUCACGGCAGCCCCCCCCCCCCCCCCUCUCCCUUUUUGCUCUAUCAGGCAAGCCACACUUUUCCUGGGAUUAGAUGUGUGUAACAUGACUUGACAAGAAGAAGAAGAGACUAAGCGGUUUCAGAUUUCCUCCCAGCCUGCCAAGAAUAUGCCUUGACUCAAAGUAACUUUUUUUUUUUUUUUCCCUUUAUCAAAGCGUGUUGUAUUUUCUUCUUCUUCUUCCUUUUCCUCUCUGAAGCUUCUACUUCCAUUCCAGACCUGUCUUCUCCUAGCGCCACCCAGUGGUUGGUUCGGUUAGUGUAGUUUGUUGCUUGGUUUAAAAAAAGCACUCUUGAGUUGGGUUUGUUUGGGGAAAUCACUGCUGAUGGUUGAAUAUAUAUUUUUUUAGCUGUUUUUGAGUGAUUUGCAUAGCAGUGCAUAACUGGCUAUGGACUAUUUAACUUAUUUAUUAUCUUGUGAAAAAAAAGUAUAGGCUACAUUGGUAAUUUGUGUCCAUACUGUAUUUAUCAAGUAUGAUGAAGCAAUAGAUCUAUAUUCUUUUAUGUUUAAAUUAUGAUCGCCAUUAUUAAUCUGCAUAAAGUGGAGUGUAUGUUCUUUUCACAGUAAUAUAUAUAUUUUGUUUUUUUCUCCUUUUUUUGUAACUUCACUCGGUUAUUUUUAUUGUAAAUGAGUUAAAAAAAAAUCUUAAUUUAAGAGAACGUAUGUGAUAUUUAUUUCAUUAAUUUUGUUUACGUUUAUUAAAAACAAAAGUUUGCGUGAUUGCCGUUUGCUCCUGAGGUUGUGUCAGUGCUGUAGAAGGCUUCUUUUUUUUUUUUGGAUCCCUAUUUAGAUGUAUCUGUAGAAUGUAUAAACAAUGUGGUUGUACAGACCGUCCAAACCCUACCUUCUUUUCUUGAUCUAGAUCAGACUUCAGUGACAAAGAACCCAAGUCAAUAAAUUAACCAAAAAGUAUUUUUUUUUUUUUUCAUUCAAUUUUUUUCUCUCUGUUUGCACGAGGUCACACUGUGAUUCCAGCCACGUGCUAAAGAAUGUAGCAAUCCCUUGUGCCCCAGUAUUAUUGUGUAGUGCCUAAGGGGUUCACCAUCUUGACAUGCCUUAAAAUUAACCAAAUAAAGUAUUUUUCCUACAUGGCAUCUUUUUAUACACAGGUUGAACUGAAUGUAGUGUUGGAUUUUUUUUUUAAGAGGUUGUUACCACUCAGAUACUCUGAUAAACAACCGCAGCUUCUCUCUAAAUCCCCAUUCCUCUUGUUUUUGAUUUCCUUUUUUUCUGUUUAUCUUUUUAUUGAUAUUGAAAUCUAGUCUUGAGUUUGCUGGAGAGGGAAGUGGAUAAAUACGUUUGGUUUGUACAUAGUAGGUACAGGGGGUUGCGCACUAUGUACUUUUGACUACUUUAUCAGAAGUAAAGCUUUUUGAAUGUAACAAAAAAAAAAAAAACGGACAAAAAGACAACGAGAGUUGUAAUCUUUUUUUGGGGAGUCAGUUCACUACAAAUUGAGUGUGAGACUGUUAACUUUGUACUGUACAUUUUUUUGUAGUUCUCCCAUUAAAAAUCAUUUUUGAAAAAG